AUGCUAGCAGCAGGAAAAGCGUUACACGAAGCAGCAACAGCACAAACAGGAGCAGCAGCAGCAGCAGCAGCAGCAGCAGAUUAUGCGGUGCUGUGUGGCAGCGACCAGCAUGGUGUAAAGGUACUUGAAUCUGCAAGGCGUUGGUGGCAUGAGCUGCCGCAGCAGCAGCAGCAGCAGCUGGCAGCAGCUCAUUUCUCAUUAGCUGCUGCUGCUGCUGCUAAGAAGGGCGAUACUGAAGCAGCAGCUGCUGCUGCAGCUUCUGCUGCUGCUGCAGCAAGGGGAGACAACACCAGCAUCCCCUGCUGUGUACCUGUUAAAUGGUUUGUUGCGCUGCUCUCGCAGCAGGCGCAGCAGCUGCUGCAGCAAGCGCAUGUCCGCAGCAGCUUCUUCGUAGAGACAGCAGCAGCAACAAAGACCUGCUGCACGUACACCCCAAAUCCAAUGCUCUUGCAGCAACUGCAGCACACACAUAACCUGCAGCAGCAGUUGCAGCUGCUGCAACAACACCAACCGGGACAACUCCAAGGCGACGUGCAGCAGCAGCAGCAACAACAACAACACCAUCUGCCUUCCCAUGCUGCAGUUGCUGCUUCUCUCUGGCGAGCCCUACAGGAAAGGGGUUUUAUCUAUCGCGCUCCGCUGCAGCAGCAGCAGCAGCAGCAACAGCAGCAGCAGCAGCAGCACAUUUCACCAAAAGGUGCAGGCGGAGAGGAAGAGGCAGACGUUUGGGAUGUGCAAGAACAGCAGCAGCAACACACAUCACAGCAGCAACUAGAGCAGGAGCAGCAGCAGCAGCAACAGCAGCAGCAGCAGCAACAGCAGCAGCAGCAGCAACAGCAGCAGCAGCAGCAGCAGGCGGGAGAAGGAGAGGAGGAGUAUGGAUAUUUCUUAGCCUUGAAGCGCCUUCGGCCUCAACUAAAAGAGUUGCUGCUCCAGCCUUCGUCGCUGCUGCCAAAGGCGCAGCAGCGGGAGCUGCUGCAGUUCCUUCCUCGCGUCCGCGAUAUUCAGGUGUCUAGACACCGCAGCUUAGUAAGCAUAGCAAGGGUCUUAUGCAGCAGCAACAGCAGCAGCAGCAGCAGCAACGACAGCAACGGCAGCAAGCAAGACAAGAACAGCAGCAGCAGUGGAAAUCCCAUCGACGCGGCCACAGCCGCCAGCAGCACUAGUAGCAGCAGCAGCACUAGCAGCAACAGCAGCAGCAGCAGCACCAUCAGUAGCAGCAGCAGCAGCAGGAGUGGGGUGUUUGGGCGAGACAUCGCUCGGUUUCAUGCCAUCUUCUUCUUGGGUUUGCUGCUGGCCCUCCGUCAUCCUCCACUGAGCAGCAGCAGCAGCAACAGCAGCAACAACCGCAGCAGCAACAGCAGCAGCAGCAACAGCAGCAGCAGCAGUAGCGAUAGGGAAGAGGAUGUCCUUCCCAUUGGACUGCUGCAGCAGCUGCCGCUACAGCAGUUGGCGCAUGGAUGGCUCCUUAGACCCACAGGAGACAAAAUAGCCAAGUCAACUGCUGCUGCUGCUGUUGCUGCUGCUGCACCUUCGCUUCCUACUGGAGCACCAGCAGCUGGCGCAGCAGCAGCAGCAAGUCCCACUGCUGUUGACUUGAAGGACUUCUUGGGCACCAGCUGGUCUGCUGAUGCAGCAGCAGCAGCAGCAGCUGUACGUACACUCGGAGCUGACAAGCUUCGGUUCGCGUUGCUGCACUGCAAGGCAGUUGAACGCGACAUCAAGCUGCUACCUACUGGCAUCAACAGCAGCAGCAGCAGCAACAGCAGCAGCAACACCGGCCCUCUUGCUGCUGCUGCACGUGUUGUGGAGCAGCAGGUAGGGAAUUUUGCCCUUAGGGUUUUGUCGCUGCUGCAGCAACAGCAGCAACGCGUUGCUCCCCCACCCCCCUUGCUGCUUGCUGCAGCAGCCACAAACCCAUUCAUAGAAAAGGAGGCUCUAGCUGCAGCAGCAGGAGCUACUGCUGCUGGUGGUGCUCCUAGUGCAUUGGCAGAGGGAGGUGCUGCAGCUACGGCAGCUGGAGCAGCAGCAGCAGCAGCAGCACCACCACCACCACCACCAAGGAAUUCGCUGCAGCAGUCUUGUGCUGCUGCAGCAUGGGGCAAUUGGCCUAUAAAAGAAAUAACGAGCGAUUCAAUUGACGCCUUAGAGGCAGCAAUUGAUGCCCUCUUAAGGCCCCCUACCUUGCUGGUGCUGCAGCAGCAGCAGCAGCAGCAGAAGCAGCAGCAACAACAGCAGAAGAUCGCUAUGCAGGAGGUACAGCAGCAGCUGCUGCAGGCAGCAGAAGAAGCUCUCGCGGAUGAAGCCAAAGCAACUGCAGCCGCGCAGCAGCUGCUGCUGCAGGCAGGGAUUUCCCCGCUUCCUCAGCAGCAGCAGCAACAGCAGCAACAGCAGCUGCAAUCAACGACCCACUCAGUGACAGUUUCCCCAUUACUGCCGCCAUCUGCUUCUUCGCAAACAGCAGCAACAGCAGCAACAGCAGCAGCAGCAACUGCAGCAACAGCAGCAGCAGCUGCACCAACUGCAGCAGGCACCCCUCAUGGUGUUCUUACCCAGGGGCUUUUAUUUAUUUCUUGUUGGCGUUUGCUGCGCGGUGCAUUUUUGCUGCCUUUGCUGCUGCGGGCAGCACUGCAGCAGCUGCAGCUACAUCGAUACACCCGGGGUGUCAUUGUUGCUGCUGCUGCUGCUCAACGGAUCUAUGAUACUGCGGCCCCUUGGCAGUCAUCUUCCCCUUCUUCUCCUCUUGUUCUCUUUGCUGCCACCGAGCUGCUGCGUCGUGUUGCUCUGCUGCUGCUGCCGAUCUGUCCUGAGGUGUCUAGGCAGCUACAGCAACAGCUGCAACUGCAGCAGCAGCAGCAGCAGCAACAAGGUUCCAACAGCUACUCGUUGUCUUGGGGCUCUCUUAGUUCGGGGGGAGUCAUCCUCCCUAAGCCGACUCCCCUGUUCCCCCCGCAGCCUAGCUAG